UGCUCCCAUUUUCCCAAGUCCUUCCAAGCUCACACCGCAGCCCUCAGCUCUCCGCCGGCUCCAGGUCCACAUCCGUACUCAUUCCCAUCAUGAAUUCCCUGUGGACUUGUUUGCUUAUGUACAAUCUUCGGCUUUUAUUAACGAUCGCAUUGAAAGUGGAUUCAAACUAUCACACAAGUCCAGGAGAAAGUGAUGAAGUUGACUACAUGGACCCAUGCAAAGCUGCUGCUUUUCUAGGGGACAUAGCCUUAGAUGAGGAGGACUUGCGCUUUCUUAAAGUGAACUAUAUGGAUGCUACAGAGAAUGACUCUUCUAACUUUCCUAUACCUGAUUCAGCAAACAGAUCCUCAGCUAAUAGCAGUGCAAAGGACCCAGUUUUGGCCAAUCGAAGCCUUCUACGAGGAAGAAGAGCAGCCACAGCCAGACCUGAGAGAGUUUGGCCGGAUGGAAUAAUACCCUAUAUUAUUAGUGGCAACUUUAGCGGCAGCCAGCGAGCCAUUUUCAAGCAAGCCAUGCGUCACUGGGAGAAACACACUUGUGUGACCUUCAAGGAAAGAAGCACGGAGGAGAGUUACAUCGUCUUUACCAUCCGGUCAUGUGGGUGCUGCUCAUUUGUCGGGCGGAGGGGUGGAGGUGCACAGGCCAUAUCUAUCGGGAAGAACUGCGACAAGUUUGGCAUCGUGGUGCAUGAACUCGGACAUGUCAUUGGAUUCUGGCACGAGCACACACGACCUGACCGGGAUGAACAUGUUAAUAUAUUUCGAGAAAACAUCCAGCCAGGUCAGGAGUACAAUUUCGAAAAGAUGGAGCCAGAUGAUGUGGACUCGCUCGGGGAGGUUUACGACUUUAACAGUAUCAUGCAUUACGCCAGAAAUACUUUUUCCAGGGGCACCUAUCUUGAU